UUUGAUAGGAUCAGGGUAUUUGUAUGUGCAGAGAUUUAUCAAUGGCAAGGACUAAAACAACCAAGAGGAAACAGCCGACCGACUCCACGACAGCCAUCACCACCGCCACAGCCAGAGGAAAAUGAGGAAGAAGAAAAUGUUGAAGUCGAAGAAGCAGAAGGAGCUGCACAAGAAGACGCUGAAGCAGAAGGAGCUGCACAAGGAGCAGCUCGAGGUCAAAGCAAGGCGAGGGAUAAAACGAACGUGAAGAGACAUCGACGAAAUCCACCGCCGUCACCACCGCCACAGCCAGAGGAGGAUGAGGAAGAAGAAGAUGAUGAAGUCGCAGCGCAAGUACGUGCACAAGGAGUAAAGACCUUUAGAUAGGGUUCAGUUUUCAAAUACUGAUUUUGUAUCCGAUUGAAGAUGUUAGGAGUAAAGACAUUUGCCGCAUGUUGUAGGAACGAGCUAUCCUCCAUCAUAAUAUAAGGAACCGAUUGUUUCCCAUUGUAGUCUGACUCA